CCAGCUACUUCUCCUCCAUGCUCGCGGCUCUCUCUUCUCCUUCUCCCUCUUCCUCGUCUAGUGCAUUGCAUUCUGCCUCCCCCGCUGCUGCCGUAGCACUUUGUCGCUAGAUCUCGGGUCAUUGCGAAGAUGAAGGACAACAAUGUGUGGUGUCUUUCAAGUGUCCGUAGCGAAUGAGCGUCAGUUGUGCCGAUUCCGGCAAGACAUAGACUAAGGUUGGUCUUCGCUUGCUCACUGAUAAGUCUCGGAAAGGUGGUGCCGUUGCGUGGUUGCAUGCAGCUCCUUUGCGACUGAAUAGAGCAGGCCAUUUAGGGAUUGGUUUCGGUUCCUCGCGGAUUUCUUGAUCGCAGAUCCCAGCUGGGAAGUGAUCGCUACGAUAAUGUGGUAGAGAUCUGCGAGAGGACGGGGUGGACAGGUCUAGCACGAUCCAGGAUUCGGGACGGAGACCACAUCAAUGUUGUAGCCAUGACCCUGCAUUGAGCAUUGUGAGGGGUGAAGACGGAAUGCGAUUACUUUUUUUUCAGUUCACUGGUAUUUUGGGAGCACUCGUAUCGAUUACUAUGGAAUUCAAAGAUGGGGUGGGGUUAUCGAUCAUAGUCGUAUUGCAUAUUGAAACAAAGCUUCAUAUCAUGUUGGCGGAUGUAAUCUGCACAAGGGAUCCCAUUAUGUUCACGUGUUUUUCAGCGCUAGCCAAAAUGUAGAUCUCAGAUCUUGGUUGUUCUUUGGAUCAACGAAGCGUGUACUGUAGGCUUUACUAGAACUUGGCCAUCAUGAACUCCAUUAUACUCUUUCAUGGAAAAAUGUACUGAAUAAGUCAGAAAGUCUUGUGGAGUUCUGAGGAGCAUUUAUUAGCUUCACAUUGAAUCUUGGUGAUGGUAUACAACAUUCAACAGCCUCUUUCGUUUCAAGGUUCAGUACUGCCGAACAUCAACAACUCGCCAACAUUUCCUCCUCUGAGUUAUGCUCUGGCUGUUGGACAUAUCAAGGGACAAGGCAAGACAUUCAAGUUAGUAGCUUGGGGUUGUCCUCGUGGCUACCUCAAAGAUUGCCUUGAUGGAGCGGCUGGCGCAGAUUUGAUGAGCUUUUGGGACUUAGUUUGCUGUCAGCCGCUCAAUGUUGUGUUUCAGGAGAAAAUGAUAUAGGUGCGAAUUUGUGAACCUAACGCGAACUGCUCAGAUACUCGGCACCACACUUAUAAGCCCUAAGCUACGUAAUCCGUGUUAGAUGUUGCCGCACGGUGAAUAACUAGUCGACCAGUUUACAUACAGAAGGAUCUUGAGAUGGAACGACAACAUUGUCUUACUGAGGAUCUGCUUCGAAAAGAAAGCAUCAAAGUAAAGGCAUGGCUACUCAAGCUGGUCAAAUGGAGGGACGUGCUAUGGAUAGAGCAUUUCCCAUGAAUUCAUCUCACCUUCCACCGAAGAGCCCCGGUUCGUAUCCAAGCUUUGGAGUAAGCCCGGUGGAUUCAAGCGCUGCCGGCCGCACCAAUAUACCGAGUAGAGUUGGAAAUCAUAAGCGCACCCCGUCAGCUGGAUUCCCUCCCAAAUCACAACUUAAUUGGACGGAUGGAGUUGUGGAUGCUCCUGAAUCUAUCUCCUUAAAAAGAGGUGCACACCGACGAUCUGCUAGUGAAUCCAUGGCAUUUAUGGAUGGUACUAACUUUGCGAAGAUGGUAGAUGAUAACGUCACAGAAGAGGACCACGAAUCUAGAAGUGUAGCCUCAAUCCAUUCUGAAUGUGGUUCUCUUGACUUUGACAGGCUCGAUGAAGAUCAGCUUAUAUCCAUGUUUGAUGAUGAUGCCAAACUGCAUCGAAAACCACAGCACCAUCAGCAACUGUUCACUCGCAACGUCUCAGCAAACAAUCCAGGCGGUACCUCUGGCAGUGACACCUGGGCAUCAGAAAGAUCACAAACACCUCCCAGCACAAAGCAGAGCGAAUCUGCUACUCCAUCUGACAGCAACAGUGUGAGUGAUGUCUCAAAUGAGGAUCCAAAAGGAGGCUUCGGGAAGUAUAAGAGUGAACCUGAUGUCCAGAGCUCUGGAGAUCUCGAGGGCGGGACUCAAACACUAUCGAAGGGAGAAUUACAGCAAGCUCUGGCGGGUCUUGAUUCGAGUCUGGAUCCAAAACGUGCUAAAAGAAUACUGGCUAACCGACAGUCAGCUCAGCGUUCACGAGUUCGCAAGCUGCAGUAUAUUUCAGAACUCGAGAGAAGUGUCACUGCUUUACAGUCAGAAGUGUCCACCAUGGCUCCUCAAGUUGCUUUCUUUGAGCAUAGGAGAGCAGUUCUCAAUGUAGACAACAACACUAUCAAGCAGAAGAUGGCUGCCCUGGCGCAGGGUCAGCGCUUUAAGGAUGCACACAUCGAGGCACUGCAGAAAGAAGUUCAGAGACUUCGGCAACUUUAUCAACAGCAGCAAAUGCAACAACAGCAACAUUUGCAGCCGGGUUUAUCCACAUCUACCUACGAUCUUCAGCAUCAACAAUUCAGCAAUCUAGAAUUGGGUCAAGAUGAAUCAAGCUUAGCAGCCGUGCCGGACAUAUUUGCAAGCGCCUUGGGAAUAGGUUCCGAAACAAUGUCUUCUGGCAGCUUGUCACCCACUCAUUCUCGCAAACGGGCUCUUCCCCACAGCCUCAACACCAUGGUUGCUUCAAUAUGGUAAAUAAUUCUUUUCUAUGUAUCUCUUGAUACUGAACAUGUUCUUAUUUCCAGUCACUAAUUCUUUGAUAGGCAGUAACCAUUUUUUCAUCAAGAGCUAGACCACUUAUUCCCGGAGUUCGAGGUCGUCAAUCUUAUUCUUCAUGCAGAGAAAAUAAGAGGGCUCCAACCCUAAACUACAGCUGGUUCUUGUUCCGACAAUGGAAAGUGGCCAUAUAAAAUUCUUUCUAAGUCUUAGGACUAUCUUCCUCUCGAAUUCAAACGACACAUUGUCGCAAAUGGUGAUCUAGUGUUACCCACGCCAUCCACGCUCAUAUUAGACACAUGAUCUAAAGUGAACCAUUUUCUUGCAAAUUGCAAAAAAUUGGAAAAAAAUACUAGAGACGAUUCAACUAUUUCAAGAAUUUGGGAGUGGAAGCGCUUCCCUUGUAAGUUAUGUAGAAAUGCCCUCCUGUUUCAAUAAAAAGUUAUAUCCCAACUGACUGGCCUAUUCCUCA